ACUCCAGACACCACAACUACCACAGUAUCAUGUCUUCUCCCCAAACCGCUCCCAAAGUCGCCACCGCCGACCAUCACUCCAUCGUUGGAGGUGAUAAACACGUCGCCCACGUCCCCGUGGCAAGAGUACUCCAUGGAAGACAAAGGGAGGCGCUCAAGCUCAGGUUGGAUCUCAACCUCGAGGUCGAUAUCAAGAUCCAGGCCAGGGUCAACGGCGACAUCACGCUCUCGCUCCUCGAAGACUUGAUCCUCCGUUAA